GACAUCCUGCUAAAUAUGUUUUUACUUGGCAGUGGAUUGAUGGGCAAUUCCUCCGCCUCCUUCAUGGGAACCUUUCUGGCCAGUAGUCUGGGUUCCCCCCCUUCCCACCCGUCUCACCCCUCCCGGCCACCCUCCUCACCCUCCUCACCUUCCUUCCGGGGCGGACCCCACUCCAGCGCCUCGCAAAUCUGGUUUCCCCACUCACAUGAAGCAGCUCCAGGGUAUCCACGAUUCUCAGGGAGUCUGGCCCACACUUUCCUUCCCAUGAGCCACCUGGAUCACCAUGCCAACAGUGGCGUUCUCUAUGGGCAGCACCGUUUCUAUGACACCCAAAAAGAGAACUUCUACCUUCGAGGUCUCCCAUCCCAGCCUCCUCUCAUCUCAGCCAAUCACAGUCUACCCCCAAUGUCCAGGGCAGGUUCAGGCCACUCUCAGGGGUCCUGCAGCAGAGACAGAGAUGCAGGGGUCGGCACAGCUAUUCAUAAGGGUCUUAAAGAGGGGUCUGUUGAAAGAGGAGUGGUACCUGUCAAGGACAAGGAGAGGUCAAGUACCAAGCAAGAGGCAAAGGAAAGGCAACAGCAGCAACAACACCACAGCCAUCAGCAACCUCACCCCACACACCACCACCAUUCCCACUCCCAUCAGCAGCACCCACACUACCCACAGCACCCACUGCCUUUGGAGGAGAUCAACAGUCGCUCUCUGGAGAGGCACAAGGCAUCACUCACGAUGGAGUACAGCAAGGAACACUCUCAGAGUAUGGGCAAGUCCCUCAGUGCCUGCUUGCACAACGGCAAGAUGCAAAAUGGAGAUGCAGGAACUGGAGCAGGGGCUAAGGCCUCUAUGUCCAGCUAUGGGGGGGAGGGCACAGCCCUUGGGCCUAUUGGUGGUGGAGGGAGCAGCCAUGGCAGACAUAUGGUUUCCAGUGGCAGCAACCGCUGCACCAAGGAGGGUGUAAGUGGGGAAAUGAGGAUCAGUGAACAAUCUUCAGACUGUCUGGAAAGGGGUCAGGCACCACUCCACCACUCUCUACCCUACUCUGUACCCCCACCCUUACACAUGGGUUCAGCUGUAGGAGGUGCACACUCCCAUCCCCAUCCACAUCCUCAUGCUCACCCCCACACACAUCCUCACCCAGGGGGCUUCCACUGCCUUCAGCUCCACCCCAGCCAUCCACACCACCCACACCAUUCCCACCAUACACACCACCAUCCGGACUUCUUCUGUCCGCCUCCCUCUGCUCCUCUAGCCCACCCAGCUUCACAUGAGAGUGGACCAGCCAAUUUGGGUCGAGAACUUAAAGUCACAGGACCUACAUUUGUGCCAUCAGUGGCAGAUCUGGGGGACAAAACUAAUGGGCCAUUUCAACUUGGCAUCCCUGACUGUCAGGGUGUUGGUAGCUGUGGGGGAGGUGGCAAUGCCAAGGACAAGGUAAUAGAAAAGAAUGGUGGUAAUGGUCAUCAUAGUAGUUGGCACAGAAAACAGCAACAACAGCAACAACAGCAACAGCAGCAGCAACAACAGCAGCAGCAACAACAGCAACACCAACAACACCAACAGCAACAACAGCACCAAUACAGAAAGACAGAAAAGGCUCCAGACUGGAUGCAGUCCCACCACCAGCACCUUCAACCCUCACAGCUUCCACCACCUUCCCAGCAACAACAGUCUUCACAUCCCCAACAGCAGCACCAGGUGGUACGAUCACGCAGUGCUGAAUGUAUCAACAGUGGUGUGGACAUGGAUGUCUUUAGAACAUCGCUGCCCCAGGGGCACAAGGCAGGACACUCAGUCUCUCAUUCCGUAAACACUUCUCCUUAUAGAGACUGUUCCCAUUCUAGACCACCACCUAACUCCUCCCCACUUGGUUGUAAAAGCAUGAGUCAACAUAGUGGGGCAGGACCCACCCAUGGCCCAAGUCCAGGAGGUAGCUGCUCGUUACAGAGAGAUGGCCAAAAGGUAGCUAGGAUACGCCACCAGCAACAUGGCCGACCUGGCCCUGAUGCUUCUUCUCCUGCUGAGUUGAACCAGGGGAAUAGUCAGGAGCUGAAAAGAAAGAUGGAUCUGUCUCCUUAUGGUUACAGCAACAGUAGUGGGCAGCCCCACCACCAGCAGCCACCAGUGCCACCCUGGUCCAUGAGGCCUCCCCACCCCAUGUCCCAACCUGAAGAGGAGCAGAGGAAGUCCUACAUGGAGUUAGGGAGCACUGGUGGGCAACUCUCUCAGCAGCAGCAGCCGCAGCAGAGUAUGACCCUGCCUCCUCCCCAGCCUCUCCCUCCACCUCCACUCAGUCAGCAACAGCCACAGCAACAGCAACAGCAACAGCAACAGCAACAGCCACAGCCACAGCCACAGCCACAGCAACAGCCACAGCAGCAGCCUGAACCCCAAUGUCCAACUCAGGGGGAGAGCAGUGCUAUGAAAAGCUUACUAAAGUACAGCAACCAGCAACAACCACUGCUCCUCUCCCAGAAAAGCCCUUUUGGGGGACUCGGAAGCCUCAAAUCAGGUCCUACUGGUGGGAGUUGUGCCCUGCAGGGCAACAAACAGACUCUCCCUUCCAAGAAGGGUCCAGUCAAUGAUGAGCGCCCUGAUUACAGCGGGCGGGGUAGAGAUAUUGGAGAUGCAGGUCAUGGGGAAAGUGAAGUGCGACAGCCACCAGUGGGAAUAGCAGUGGCGGUGGCCAGACAAAGGGAGCCACCUUGUCGUUCAACAGACAGUCAUCCCAACAGCCGGCAGGGCAGAGUCCACCCCUCUGUUAAAGGACCACCCAGAUCCAUGUAUCCUUCAGAUCCUACCACAGAGGAGGAGAGGAAGAGGAUGAGUGGGGAACAGAUAGGUCUGACAUGCUUGGACAGAGAGAGAGAUCCAUACAUCAGGGAUAAUAAGGAAAGGGUGGAGUUUGCAAGGAUCCAUCCCUCCAACAGCUGUCAUGGUGAUCUCACCUCUCAUCUCAUGGUCCCAGGCGGGACUUCCCUCCAGUCUGGCCAAUUAGGAGACCCUGCUGCACAUUCUGCUCACCAUCACUGGAUGCCAAGAAAUGGGAGUCCAUCCCUCUGGAUGACUGGACACUCUUAUGGUAUAGGUCAUACAGCCCUGCACCAGAAUCUGCCUCCAGGUUUCUCUGCAGCCAUGCCAGGCCCUCUCCAGCCAGUUUUGCCUCUGCCUCAGGAUCCCUCUGCGCAGCUUGUGGUCCUGCCCACUGAGCCUCCUGCACAUCCUGCAACACAUCACCUAGACGUGAUGGAGCAGCCUGGGCUAUGGCCCCCUGUGUAUGGUGCCCGGGGCCCACCCUCCCACAUGCAACAUCCUGCUGUGUACUCUCGAUCCCAGUUUCUACGGCAACAGGAGCUGUACGCUCUCCAGCAGCAUCAACAACUCCAACAUCAGCAUCAACAUCAGCACCAGAGCCACCCAUCACAGCAAAUACAACCACAGGCUCAACCUCAGCAGCAGCAACAGCAGCUGCAGCACAGAGCGACGCAUGGCAUAGACAUGCAACAUCACACUCCACACAAUGCCCAGAUGCAGAAGAGGCCAAUUGAGCCUUCGGUUGAGCUAGAGGAACUCAUUUCAGAGCCCAGAACAUCCAAACCUGCCAAGCCCUACUCUUACAACCCACCUCAGAAGAACACCUCUCCUCCAGUGGCCUGCACCACUCAUCUGUCCCCUUGCUGCCAGUCCCCCUCACUACGACCACAUCCCAAAAGCACUCCUUCUACACCCUGCCCUGCUCUCAGCCCUGCCACAGCAGUACCCCACUCACCUGCCAUCAGCCCAGCCCCACCUCAGAGGCCAAAGGGGGCAGAAUCACAGGACAAGCGAGUUGAGGGACAGCCACCACAGGUUUACCCAGAGUCUCCUGAGCCUGAUUUGCCUCCUGGAUACAACUACCCCCCUACUGCCAUGGGCUACAGGAGUGGGCCUUCCCCUCAGGAUGUUCGACUGGCUGAGCCAGCGGACCUGGAAACAGUCCAAGUGGAGCCUGCUGAGCAUGCUCCUGACUCCCUUUCCAGGCUGGGGGAGGAGAUAGACUGCCAAGCUGUUGUCAGACCUCUUUCAGAGCCACUCCCACCUGAAGAAGUGGUGCAGGAAGAGCAGGAAAAAGUGGUUGAUAGAAUUUUGGAACAGAGGGAGGAGAAGGAUGUAGCAGCCAACUAUGUGCCUGAGAAGGAGGAAGUGGAGGAGCAGAGGCCUGCUGAGGAAGAGGUGCUGGUUUGCCCCCCUGUUGAGAGCCCAGUGUGCGAGGCUGCUUCCUGUCCAGUCCCCCUUUCAACAGAGCAGUCCGAAAGGCCAGAAGCUGUCAUCACUUUGGAAGAGGAAGAGGAUGAUGAGGUGGUGGGUGAGGGGAACCAGGUGGAGCAUGCUCAAAAGGUCAACAUGUCUGUUGAGCUGGAGCCAGACCUGCCCACCAUCAUCGAGCUUGACCCAUCUUCCCCUGCAGCCCCCAAGCCACAAUCCCUGGCCCCUGAUGGGGCAAAGGACAGUGAGCAGCAGCAGGAGAAUGAGAUGACUACUGAUGAUGCCGCCGUAGAUUUUGUGUGUCUUUCCCCAGCCUCAGCUUCCUCUUCCAGCCCCAGCCAGGCAAUAGUUGCUGUGCCCAAAAAACCUCUUGUGCCCUGCUACUGGAGUCUGGAGUUGCUGAUUGCUGCUGCCUUCUGCACAGACAUUCCGCCAUUUCCGUUGUUCCCAUUUAACACCCCAUCAGUUGCUCCUUCGCCACCCAACCCACACCAGGGUAUGGAGCUUCUGAGUGAGCUGGCAGAUCUGGAGCUGCAACAGCAAAAGCGCACUUGUGGGAACAACCAGGAAGAGGAAUUGCUGAUGUUUGAUCUCCAGAGCCUUGCUACUCUGGCCACUGCUCGUGCACUGGAGAUGGGUUCUCAUGAAGGUAGCGGUACAGGGCGACAAUUUCCCGCCCGCAAGAUCCUCAAUUUACGCAGGAAAUGCAGCUGGACACCUCGCAAUGAACCAGUGUGCCCAGCCAAAGGCAGCAUGGAAACAAUGGAUGGUCCUGAGCUUGCAAUGCGUGUGAAAUUGGCUGAGCUACAGCGUCGCUACAAAGAGAAGCAAAAGGAGUUAGCCAAACUUCAGAGAAAGCAUGACCACCAGAGAGAGGAAACUCCCCGCAGCCCAGCACGACGAGGACCGGGGAGGCCAAGGAAGCGGAAACCCACCCUCAGCACAGGUCCAAUGUCCUCAUCAGAAGGCCAAAGAAAAGUCAAAUUGAUGGGGGCGGGGCUUGCCUUGUCACCUGAGGACCUAGGAGCAGGCGGAGACAGCCAGAGAAGGAAGAAGAGGCUAUCCAAUCGAGGCUUUGAGCGACUUAGCAGCACACAGCAGAUGAAAGCGCAGGGUUGCAGAAAAAGCAAUCUUCACAGCGUACUCAGCUCUAAGCUGGCCAGUGAUGUGGCUCAGCUCAAACAGAAAGCACAGGGUAAAAAGAAUCUCUCAGGGACUGGCUCCAGGGACAAGGAAGUUUUGCCUUGCAACUCUAACCCCAAGCAUGGACACAGAAGCCAGAGUACAAGCAAAGUGGAAUCCAGGCGCGAGUCUGGGGGACAAAGUGACACAGCAGCCAGUGUGGACAGUGGCCCCCAGGAGAGCUGGGCUCAACUGGUACAGCGUGGAAGUAAAAAGGGUUCCACCACCCUGAAACAUGGUUCCUCCUGUCUGAGCCAGGCCAGACCAAGGGCUCUCCGUGGCCAGAGACAGGAGGCCAUUGUGGAGGAGGAGAGUUCCCCUGCAGACAGCGACUCCUCUGAUCAAGAUGAUGAUGAAGAGGACGGCAGUUACGAUACCGAUGAAGGUCAAGAUUACAGAGUCCAACCACCCAGAGACGUCACUUCCAGCUCCUCCAUGACAGGUCCAAGUCCCUCCUCUGUCGUAAAGUUGGAGGCCAAUCAGAAAGCCAGGAACAAAAAACAGAGACAGGAGCUGUAUGCCUCUCAGAGUCUAUCUGGAGCAGAGGGGGAGGUCAAAAUAAGGAAGAAACCCCCCUGCAGGAUGGGCCUGGCCACUGCAGUCAAGAACUAUCACGAUGAUCACCGGCCUGAAGGGGUGAGAAGACCAUGCGGUCCUCGUUCUAAAGAGCCACGGUGGGGCAGCCUUGGGACCAGAGGCAAACGCUUCCGAAGAAGCAUGGGACUGGCUACCUUCCCUACAACCAGUGAGAGGCUAAAGAGGGCGACUCGCAAGAGCACCAUGUUGAGAGGAGCAAUUGACAAGCCAAAGGGAAGAGCAGUGAGUCGACUCCUGGAGAGCUUUGCAGCAGACGAGGGCUUUCAGAUGGAUGGUAGCAGCUUCUCGGAGGAAGAGGAAAACAGCAGCUGUUCACACAACAAAAGCCCCAAAAUUCCGAACUGUGUCCUGACCAAAGAACUCUUGACUGAUGGUCUAAAGGUGUUAAUCUCCAAAGAGGACGAGCUUCUCUACGCUGCCAGGGUCCACAAUCUGGAGCUCCCAGACAUCUUCAGCAUUGUUAUUGAUGGUGAAAGAGGAAACCGCCCAAGAAUCUAUUCACUGGAGCAACUGCUGCAGGAAGCUGUCCUGGAUAUACGUCCAGAGUCGGAGGCUAUGCUCAGUGAAGGAACCAGGGUGUGUGCUUACUGGAGCGAACGCUCACGCUGCUUAUAUCCAGGCUACGUUCGCAGAGGUGGUUCAACUGAUGAGGGGAAGCAAGGAGGAGUGAUGGUAGAGUUUGAUGAUGGAGACCGAGGGAAGAUUUCUCUCCCACACAUCCGCCUCCUCCCUCCAGGAUACCAGAUUCACUGUGGGGAGACAUCACCUGCCCUACUGGUACCCAGUGGGACAACAACCAAGAGAAGCUCCUGUCUAGAGCAGGCCCCUAUCAGUGACAGACAUUUGGACAGACACAGUACUAUCAAUACUGUAAUCAAUAGUCAAAAUCUAAAUGUUCACAAAAGGAGACCAGGGAGACCAAAGGGCUCUGGGAAAAAGCAAAAGCAACAGCAGCAGGCUGAGAGUGCCAAUAAAAAUCCCUCACCUUUCUUGGGUUGGCCCCCAUUGGUUAACACCAGGAAGAGAACGUCUGACAAUCUGUUUCAACUCAAUGGGGCAUCUAGGAAAGUCAUGAGAGGGAAGGAGGAUGACCUGUUUCCCUUGCCUCAAACCCAGCCACUGGCUUCAGUCCCAUCCAAAGGCCUUUUUAGCAGCAGCUCCUUUGAGGUGGACUCGUUCAGCAGCAUUGCAAAUGGCUACUCCUCCUUCUGUACUCAAUCUACGGGACCAGGUCCAGAUUUAUCUCUGGGCCCCAGAAGUGGGUUAUAUGGCCAGAAACGCAGGCAAGAUGAACCGGUUAUACCAAGGAACAGGAAGUCUGGACAAGAAUUCCUUGUCAAGUUAGAUCAUGAAGGAGUGACUUCACCCAAGACAAAGAACAGCAAGGCUCUGCUGUUGCGAGGUGGAUCUUCCAAUGUGAGCAGUAUGCCCACAACAGAGGCGUACUCACACCCAGUCCUUCUGGUCAAGGACAACAAAAAAGGUGGUGCCUCCAGGGUCGAACUUCUACUGAAAGGAACCACACACCAAAGAAAGCCCUCCCCUUCUUUACGUCUGGGGGAGUAUGGUGAUUUGGGCUUCAGCUCCCAUCGAGAUUGUCACAGCUCCUAUUCUGAUCUGGAAGAUGAUGAUGAAGAAGAAGAGGAAGAGGAGAGGAGGGCUGCACUGGCUGCAGCCUCAGGAGGACUAAGGACAGCUGGUCGUUUCCUCUCUCGUCUCUCCGUCUCCUCCUCUUCUUCUGGUUCUUCUAGCUCUUCCUCUUCAGGCUCUCUCUCCAGUUCCAGCCUGUGCUCCUCAGACAAUGAUUCAUCCUACAGCUCAGAGGAUGAAGACAGUUCUACACUAAUGCUGCAGAGUUGUCUGUCUUCCCACCGCGGGCUCUUACGACCAUCUGAACCCACCACUUCUUCAAGGCCACAUCAGCAUUCCUUUGUGGCCAAAGCUUUGGCCGUUUCCAAUUCCAAAGGUGGGACUACUGAACAGAUCUCCAACAGCAAGUCUCUGAAGAGAAAAGAAUGCACCAGCUCUAUGCCUAAACUGAAGGAAUUCAUAAAGAAGCAGAGGAUGCUUACAAACGACUCCUCAUUUAUUCCAAGGCCAAAAAUGUCUGCAUUCUUAGCAGGGCGACAAAUGUGGAAGUGGUCAGGAAACCCUACACAGAGGCGAGGUCUAAAGGGCAAGGCCAGGAAGCUUUUCUACAAGGCCAUUGUUCGAGGCAGAGACACAGUGAGAGUGGGAGAUUGUGCUGUGUUCCUCUCAGCUGGGCGCCCUAAUCUCCCAUACAUUGGCCGAAUCGAGAGCUUUUGGGAGUCCUGGACCUCCAGCAUGGUGGUCAAAGUCAAGUGGUUCUACCACCCUGAAGAGACCAAGCUAGGCAAAAGACAUCAAGAUGGCAAGCAGGCCCUGUACCAGUCAUGUCAUGAGGAUGAGAACGACGUCCAGACAAUCUCUCAUAAGUGCCAGGUGGUGAGCAAAGAGGAGUAUGAGUGUCUGACUCGCAUUCAGAAGUCGAACAAUACCUCUUCAGACCUCUACUACCUGGCUGGGACAUAUGAGCCGACGACUGGUCAGUUGGUCACUGCUGAGGGAGUUUCUGUCUUGUGUUAAACCUCCGCGAUGACACUACUGAAGGACUCCUAUGGAGAGAGAAAAAAAAAGUCUUUGACUUUACCUACCAGACAGUUCAGCCUUGGAAGAGGAGAAAUGUUCUUUGGGUAUGCCCCAAGGACCCAUGGACUAAUGUCAGCACCAACGCAGGGCUGUCUGAGGUUACACACUGGAGUCUACUGGCCUCUAAUCUCGUUAGAAGUGAAGGGGGGUGUCUAUAACUGGUUGAUCGUUUAAGAAGAAUAGUUGAAAGUCUGGUUCUUCCUGGGUAACAACAAAUUCAAUAAGUGGUGUUUGAGUCGUCGAGCUAAUCUCUUUUUAACAGAUCCCAUGUGAUUUGCAGCUUCAUAAAUGGUUUUAAGACUCACGCUUCCAGCUCCUAUGAUACUAUGUCACCAAAGGAAAGCUUAGAUUGCACUGGACUGUGCAAAAUAUCACGAAGCUGUAGAGUCUCAGUGGACCAAUUCUUUAAAGGUAGCCUUACCUGAGAAAAUGGAAAUGAAAGCAAGGCAUAGGGGCUUUCCUUUGACCUCUCCAUUCCAGUGAAGUUGAAAACAUGUAAAGGAUGUAAAGUUGAUGUCUGUAAAUAUUUUUUAAUUUUCCCAAUCAAGCCAUACACUUCAGUACCUCUUGCCUGUCUCAACUGUUCAGGUGUACAUUGUACAGUUCAGUUAUUGUAUUGUUGUCUGUUGUCUAUAUGUACAUAAAAGCUAUUUUAUAUGGGAGUUUAUUGUAUAUAUAUGAGAUGUAUCUUUCCAUGUUUGCGACUGAUUUAUUUUUAUAUGGGUGUGGAAUACAUUACCUUGUUUUUAUCCUUUGCUUUGGGAAGUCAAGAUUGGAGAUGUAAGUGUUGCACUGCAUAUGCCCUGCUGAGACAGAUAGACAUACAGAAAGACAGACAGACAGAGCACAGAGAAAAACAGAGGGGUUUAGUCUAAAACGGGACAAGACUCACUUUCUGAGAGCGAGGAGUCGUCUUGUUUAAAAAAAAAAUAGGUCAAGUGGCUUUUGGUAUAGGUGUUCUGUAACUUUGCAUUUCUGUUAUCCUGUUCAAACAAACAAACAAAAAAAGUUUUAUUUAUGCUGAUCAUCAUCACAAGUCAGAUCCAACUGGACUGCAAUCACGGGUCAAAAAUGAUUUAAGAGUAAUGAUAUGAGUGUACCAUUAUGACACAAUCUCUGUGUAUGAUGAGUGUCCUGGCAUCACUAUAGUCAUGUCCACUCAAAUCAAUUUAGAACAAGACUGGGUCUUUUAAUUAAAAUGUGUCAAAUGUGCAUUGCACCCAUGAAUGCAUCGUUUAGCACACUAUUACAAAAAUACCAAAGUGUCUUUAUUAAAUUUUAUUUAAAUCUAACAUUAUGUCUAGCACCUGUACUGAAUUAAAAUCAGAAAUCACUGGUAACUUAGAAUACUUGUCCUUGCGUAUACUUGCAUAUAUGUUGGCUUUGCAUUGUGACAAUGGUUUCUUGCACAUGUACCUGCAGUUUUGAUUAGUACAAAAAUAUGCAGCAAAAGGCCACCUGGGAGUGUGUCUAUGAAGGUCAAGGUACUGACAAAGUAAGAUGUUGAGUGCUGACAAUUUGUUGGAAUUAGUCUUUUCUUUUAGUUCCAUUAGCCAUCUGUGUCUAUUUUGUACAGUACACGCACAUACUCAAUGCUAACUGUGAAGGACAAUCAGAUUCACAAAGCAAUGGACAUAGAUUAGUUUCACUCAGUCUGAAAAAAAAUACUUAUGAUUAUUUAAUUUGUGCCAAGUACAUUUUGUCUGUUCUUGAUUUGUUUAUGCAAUCUUAACUAUUCUUUGUUGGAAAUGAUAUUUUUAUUUGUUUUUUUUUCCCGCCAACAUUUUAUUUAUUGUCACUGUUGCUGUUUGUUUAUGCCAAGAGCGCUUUAUGAGAAUGUGACAUUGUUUUUUUUUUUUCUUGGUGUGAUGUCGCAUUUGCAUUUCUUAAAUAAAACUGGUCUGGUAGAGGCCAUGUAGUGAAAAGAAAUAAAGCAACACUGGAUUCUUCUCAUCCACAAA